CAAAAUAUAUUUCGAUUCUAUUGUUUCGGUCGGAAUAAGUUCAUAGACAACAGGCAAGAAACUCACAUCAAUACAGUUAAAACAACUGAGCAUUAACUUAAAAGUUUAACACUCUUAAUAAUUAAGAUAAAAAUGAAACUUUUCUUUCUUUUAAUCUCAUUGGCUUUUGUAAAUGUUUCAACAUAUUAUGAUAUAAUCAAUUAUAAGCAGGAUGUUGUCAUUACAAACGAGCAUAUCAAGCUUGCCUUUAAAAAGGAGGUUAUAAAAGUUAAUUCUGUAGCAAAUGGAUUGGAACAUGUAAUUGAACAAAUUAUUGGGAAUGAUGAAUACACUUUAGGGAUGAUGAUUAAUAUGAUCGCUUUACCGGAAUAUCCAUACCAUAGCGAAAUAGAGGUAUGCAAGGAAAUUCAAAUAUUUAUGCGAGAAGAAAUCCAAAAUGAAUUAAAAAUUGAUGUUCCAAAAGUUCCAAACCAAAAUUUUAAAGAAUUAAAUUUGGAUGACCUUGGAAAUGAAAGAAGAAAACUUACUGGAAAAGCUUUAACAAAUAUUUGGAACAAGGCAAUAGUCGGGUCUGAUAAGGAUGAAGAAUCAUAUUCAUAUAUGUGUUACAUGAUAGCAGUGUUCAUGAGUACAAAAUUCCCACUGUCAUAUAAAAGGGAUAUUCGCAUUGAGCCUGAUGGUACGUGUACCAUGUAUGAUGGGGUUACAAAAAAAACAUACAAAAAAUAUAUCGGAAAAUGGUGGCAAGUCAUCGGCAACUGUACUGACGAUUGGUUACAACUUGAGGAAGAACCAAUUGAUAAUUUUGACCAAUUAACAAUACAUUAAGAUAAUUUAGACCAUGAACCAAUGGGUAUCUCUUUUACAGCUAUAUAGUACUGCUGUUGUACUACAUAAAUAAUAUUUACAUUUUGCACUAAUAUCCAAGUUGUUACUUUACAUAUUAAUUUAAUUCUUAAUAAACAGUUUUACUCAAGAUUAUAAUCACAUUU